AUGAGGAUCGAAACGUGCUACUUCUGCUCGCAGCCGGUGUACCCGUCCAAGGGUAUCACAUUCGUCCGCAACGACGCAAAGGCCUUCCGCUUCUGCAAAUCAAAAUGCCACAAAAACUUCAAAAUGAAGCGUAACCCCCGCAAACUGGCCUGGACCAAAGCCUUCCGCCGCGCACACGGCAAAGAAAUGACCGUCGACUCGACCCUCGCCUUCGCCCAACGCCGCAACAUCCCUGUGCGCUACAACCGCGACCUCGUCGCCACCACUCUCCAGGCCAUGCAACGUGUCUCGGAGAUCCGCGCGCGGAGAGAGCGACAAUUCUACAAGAACCGCAUGAAGGGCAACAAGGAGAAGCAGCUCGAGGCGGACCGGAAACUGGUGGCGGAGAACCAGCAUUUG